ACACUUGGAGUUACGUUCUUGAGUUAAUUGGCUCUCUGAUCUAUAUUUAAUGUGCAUAUGGAUAAAACAGCAGCCAAGACUGGAAUGAAGAAAGGUGCAUGGACUGAACAAGAAGAUAAUCUUUUGAGGAAAUACAUUCAGGAGUUUGGAGAAGGGAAAUGGCACCAAGUUCCAGCUAAAGCAGGGUUGAAUAGAUGUCGGAAAAGUUGUAGAUUGAGAUGGUUGAAUUAUCUCCGACCAGACAUAAAAAGAGGGGACUUUGCUUGGGAUGAAGUUGAUCUCAUCAUCAGGCUUCACAAGCUGUUAGGCAACAGGUGGUCAUUGAUCGCCGGUAGGCUUCCGGGGAGAACGGCGAACGACGUGAAGAAUUACUGGAAUACCCACCUCAAAAAGACGGCUGAAUUUGGCAUGCCAUCUCGUCGGCAACAAGAAAAUGGAAGAGGAAACAUCGUCAUUGGACCUCCUUUUCCUCCUCGUCCUCCAAACUUCUCAAUGAUCUCAUCUUUCUUGUCAUUGGGAACUGAAACAACAACAACAACUACUACUUUGCCUGACAAUGACGUGACCAAGCGGACAUUUACGCCAUCGCCGCCGACGAGAGCAAUGCCGGCCGAGAGCGAAACACAUUGGUGGGAAAAUUUGCUGGCUAUCGGUGACAGGGAUGGGGCAAUCACGUGGUCGCCGUUGACAACCUCCGGUGAAGGAGAUAACGCGGUGGCCGACGGGGAAACAUGGUCACGAGCAAUCGGUGCUGGCAACUCCAUGUUUAUUGAGCAGGGAGAGUUCAGUUGGAACGAUGGUAUUUGGGAGAGUAAUUGAAGUACUCCGUAAUUAUUUUUCAAGCACUAGUUGGGUGUGAUAAUAUGUUAAGAUUUGAGUUAAUUCUAUUUUUAGUUUGAUAUGUAACCAUCUAUUUUUAGGUCUUUUUUAUUAGAACAUU